CAACCCGGUGUAUGUAGUGUUCGGUGAAUCCAUACCUGCACAUACAGUAUCACAAUCCCUAUUUUAGUACAAGAACUUCUCGUGAAUUUAAUACAACGAGCUCGUCUUUUUGUUUUACACAACCUGUUCUGCUCUUGAGAGGGAUCCAAUCCAUACUCGUCUAAGGAAUUUUGAAAAAUAAAAAAAGGGGAAUCUGAAAAUGGCAAGUGGAGUAGAACAAGAUAAAUCUCUGCAGUCAAUAUGUUACAAGCGUGGUUCACUUCAGCUGCUCGAUCAGAGAAAGCUUCCAUUGGAGACCAUUUAUUUGGAAAUCCGACACACAAAAGACGGAUGGACUGCAAUAAGAGACAUGGUUGUUCGUGGUGCACCAGCAAUUGCCAUAGCUGCUGCCCUCUCCUUGGCAGUAGAAGCUUCUAACUUGGGGGCUUUUAAUGGGACAUCUGAUGAUGCAGCAUCAUUUCUGAGCAAUAAACUGGAAUAUCUCAUCUCAAGCCGCCCAACAGCUGUUAAUCUUUCAGAUGCUGCAACAAAACUCAAGGACAUCAUACAGAAGGCUGCUUCCAAUGCUUCGGAAGCACAAACUGUCUUUCAGGCUUACAUUAAAGCUGCUGAAGUCAUGCUUGAAGACGAUGUUGCUUCCAAUAAAGCAAUUGGAUCCUAUGGAGCUAGAUUCCUUCAGAAGCAGCACAAUGAUUCUGAGAAGCUUUCUAUUUUGACCCAUUGCAACACUGGCAGUCUUGCAACGGCUGGAUAUGGAACUGCACUUGGUGUGAUUCGUGCACUUCAUGCAGAUGGUGUUCUUGGAAGAGCUUUCUGCACAGAAACACGCCCAUUCAAUCAAGGAUCAAGGCUCACAGCAUUUGAGUUGGUGCAUGACAACAUUCCUGCCACUUUAAUAGCUGAUUCUGCUGCUGCGGCAUUAAUGAAAACUGGGAAAGUGAAUGCCGUGAUUGUUGGGGCUGAUCGUGUUGCAGCUAAUGGUGAUACUGCCAAUAAGAUCGGAACGUACAGUCUUGCCCUUUGUGCAGUGCAUCAUGGUAUCCCAUUUUAUGUGGCCGCUCCUCUCACUUCCAUUGAUCUGUCACUUUCUUCUGGGCAAGAAAUUGUUAUAGAAGAAAGAUCUGCAAAAGAACUGUUGAAUGCUCGAGGAGGACUGGGAGAACAAGUUGCUGCUUCUGGAAUUUCUGUUUGGAAUCCUGCUUUCGACAUUACCCCAGCUAACAUUAUUAGUGGCAUCAUUACAGAAAAGGGUGUCAUAACAAAAGAUGGGAGCGAUUCAUUUGAUAUUAAAAGUUUCAUACUAAAGGUACUGAGCAAGGAGUAACAUAGAAGCACGAUAUCCCACCAUCAGAGAUGAACAUCCCGCCUGUGGCUGAUACUUUUUCAGUGUUGCCUUCAAGAGGCAUCUAACAGCUCAUUACGCUUCAGGUGUUCUUAUUUUAUGCGUAAUUUAUUUGUGCGGUUUAAGUAAACAAAUUUCAUGCUUUCUUUCGUGUGUUUACUUCCCGAGGGUCAUCCAUGUUUACUUAGUUACUUGAGUCUCAAAACCAGAUACGAUAAGAGAUUUGUAGCUAGUUAACAUGAAAUAUGAAGUUGUCACUUGACAUUUCA